UGCCGGAAGCCGGGAGCGGCUGUGCGGAAGGGACGCCGCCAUGGAGCUGAGCGAGAUGCUCUACAAUAAGUCCGAGUACAUCGAGACGGCGUCCGGCAAUAAGGUGAGCCGGCAGUCCGUGCUGUGCGGCAGCCAGAACAUCGUUCUCAACGGCAAGACAAUAGUUAUGAACGACUGCAUCAUCCGUGGUGACCUGGCAAAUGUACGGGUUGGACGACACUGCGUGGUGAAAAGCCGCAGUGUCAUUAGACCACCCUUCAAGAAGUUUAGUAAGGGGGUGGCUUUUUUCCCUCUACACAUUGGUGAUCAUGUCUUCAUAGAAGAGGACUGUGUUGUCAAUGCAGCCCAGAUCGGCUCCUAUGUCCACAUAGGCAAGAACUGUGUCAUCGGUCGUAGAUGCGUUUUGAAAGACUGCUGCAAAAUCUUAGACAACACAGUACUACCUCCUGAAACAGUAGUCCCGCCUUUCACAGUCUUCUCGGGCUGCCCAGGACUCUUCUCUGGGGAGCUCCCGGAAUGUACCCAGGAACUCAUGAUUGAUGUUACAAAGAGCUAUUACCAGAAGUUCUUGCCACUCACUCAGGUGGCCUCUGCCAGGGUCUAAAACCAAGUCACCACUGAAGAUCUCAAACACAGCACUGUUAACAUUCCUUAGAUUUGGCCACUUUAUCCUCCUGUCCUCUGAAGCAUCCCUCUGACCUGGGCUCACCUCUACGCCUCUGCCAGCUCUGGAAAGAUGGAGUGUCAGUAGGUUGCAGUAUGCUACUACAGCCCUGGGGAAUUACAACUGUCUGAUGGCAACACUCAGUCCAGCGCAGUGCAAUAAAACGUGACUUCCAGGGGAGGGCUUUGCUGCGUAGCCAAGGAGGAGCUGUAGGUGCAUGGGGAAGCAUGCCCCUCAGGGAGGGAAAUUCCUUCUUUCAGGAAUCUUGUACAAACAGCG